GGUUUGUCCCUGUGGCCCGCGGGGUCCCCGCCCUCCGCACCAUGGAGCCAGAGCUGGCGGCCCCGGAGCAGCCACGCCCGCGGAGGAGAAGCCGCCGGACCUCGGGGCUCGGCGCGGAUGGCGCAGAGGGGCCUGCGGACACCCCGGGGCCGGCGCCCUCGGGCAGAUACUCCCUUCGGAGGGGCAGCUCCUUCACGUUUUUAACACCUGGCCCCCAGUGGGACUUCACUUUGAAGAGAAAACGAAGAGAGAAAGAUGAUGACGUUGUGAGCCUUAGCAGUCUGGAUCUUAAGGAGCCAAGUAAUAAAAGAGUUCGACCUCUAGCUAGGGUCACAUCCUUGGCAAAUCUAAUCUCUCCUGUGAGAAAUGGGGCCGUCAGGCGCUUCGGUCAGACAAUCCAGUCGUUUUCCCUUCGUGGCGAUACCAGAUCUCCAGCUUCUGCCCAGAAGUUGUCGAGCAGAUCCACAGUCCCGAUGCCUUCCCGGAGGAGAAGCAGCGCACUGUGGUCAGAGCUGACGGACGUCAGCAUGAAAGAGUCUCUGACCACCAGAGAGAUCAAGCGGCAGGAGGCAAUAUAUGAAAUGUUCCGAGGAGAACAGGAUUUAAUUGAAGACCUCAAGCUGGCGAGAAAGGCCUACCAUGACCCCAUGUUAAAGCUGUCGAUCAUGUCUGAAGAGGAGCUCACCCAUCUGUUUGGCGAUCUGGACGCUUACAUCCCUCUGCAUGAAGAUUUGUUGGCAAGAAUAGGAGAAGCAACCAAGCCAGGUGGGACCGUGGAACAGAUUGGUGACAUUCUUGUGAAUUGGUUGCCAGGCUUGAAUGCCUACAGGGGCUACUGUAGUAACCAGCUGGCAGCCAAAGCUCUUCUCGAUCAAAAGAAACAGGAUCCAAGAGUCCAAGACUUCCUCCAGCGCUGUCUGGAGUCUCCGUUCAGUCGGAAACUAGAUCUUUGGAGCUUCCUAGAUAUUCCUCGAAGCCGGCUAGUCAAGUACCCUUUACUGUUAAGAGAGAUUCUGAAGCACACUCCUAAAGACCACCCUGAUGUUCAGCUUCUGGAGGAGGCUAUCUUAAUCAUACAAGGCGUUCUUUCCGAUAUCAACCUAAAGAAAGGCGAAUCAGAAUGCCAGUAUUACAUUGACAAACUGGAAUAUCUGGAUGAAAAGCAAAAGGACCCUAGAAUUGAAGCAAGCAAAGUGUUACUUUGCCAUGGGGAACUGAAGAAUAAAAAUGGACAUAAACUUUACAUAUUCCUGUUCCAAGACAUCUUGGUUUUGACUCGGCCUGUUACACGGAACGAGCGUCCCUACUACCAGGUGUACCGGCAGCCGAUCCCAGUGCAGGAGCUGGUCUUGGAAGACCUCCAGGACGGAGAUGUGAGGAUGGGGGGCUCCUUUCGAGGGGCUUUCAGCAACUCGGACAAAGCUAAAAAUAUCUUCCGAGUUCGCUGCCAAGACCUCUCUCCGGGCCAGUCGCACACACUGCAGGCCAACGACGUGUUCCACAAGCAGCAGUGGCUGCACUGCCUUAGGGCCGCCAUCGCCCCCACCCAGCCGGCCACCAGCCCCAGUGAGCUGCAGGGCCUGCCCAAGCUCCACGAGGAGGGCGAGGAGAACGAUCCCUCUGCUGGCAACAUCAGAGCCCCGAGAAGGGCGUCCACCACCUCCACAGCCACCCAGCCCCACAGCAUGGGAGGCACGGCAGAGUGUAGCUCCCCGCUGCAUGCAGCAGAUGGCACGCGAGCUGUGAGAGGCCACCGAGCCCUCACUGGGGCCCGGAGAGCGAGGGACAAGGGCCACUUCGGUGGCAAACGGAAAGAGACCCUGGUGUAGAGGGAGCGGGGGGCAUAUUUAUAAGUGUACAGUUGAUUCCCAUGAUGUGGCAUAGUGGCAGCAGGGCCUCGCUGCCCGUCUCCCGGGUUCUAGGCUUGGGGUUGGUUUGGUGGUUCAUUUUUUUUUUACUGGCAGCUAAAAAAGUAUAUUUUAAUCAACUGUUAGGAAAUGGGUUUUCUUCUCAUCGUUCAUCAUGACUUUUUCAGUACCCACCAACUGACAUUGAAAAUAUUGGCCCGAACUUAAAAUUUGCAAGUACUGGAAUUUUUCCAGUGCUUCUUUGUUGAACCUUUCAUUUGAAUAAAUUUUGAAAUUUUAGCAUUGACAUCUAAAAUUGACAUGGAAUAUCUGUAAUAUUUCAGAAUUUACACUGAAAUAUUACACUAAGUUCCAUGCAGAGCAAACUAUGAAACUUAAUAGAUCUUCAUUUCCUCAACUGGAAUGUUGUAUACAGUUGUUUUUCAUUGCACAUUCCUCGUAUUGCAUUCAUUUAUCCUGCCGAUUAUUUAAUUUUUUUAUUGUAAAGUAGUUUUUAGUAUUUCCUUUUAUUUUUUUACUUUGAUGCCUUUUCAAAUUGGCGUGUCUUUUUUUCUUAAUUAAAAAUGUGUGUGUAUGUGUAUAUAUUUAUACAUAUAUAUAGAUAUAUAUAUAUAUGUUAAAUCCUAUUUACCAAGUGAAUCCAAGCCAUACUGUUUUUGAGCCAAUUAACGAUUUCCAACUGCAGUUUGGAAAGUAGCAUUUUGGAGUAGUGAACUGUGUGUGAAAUGACUGUCGUCUGGACGUAUUGGGGAUUUUGCUGAAAAUUUUAAUGUUGUUUGAAAAACGAGAGAAGGUGUUAACUGGUGCUUAGUUAAAAACAGAGGGAAAAGGAGCGUAGUUUUCUUUAAGUGGCUCUAAGUGUCUGGCUGAGCCAGGAUGUGGAAGGAAAGGGGAGAAGGUCAACUUGAGGGUGUGAGGUAAGUUGUUGAAGGGUUGAGGGGAAGUGAGCUUUAUUUGCCUUGGUCUUUAAUACCUGUGAAUAAUGGACUUGGACAGAAACCAUGAAAUGUGUUGGAAAUUUUACUGUAUUAGAUAAAUUUGCUGAAUGUAUUCAUAAGAUGGGGGAAAAAUUAUUCAAGUCAGUGUUGACUAUUAUGUGAAAUAUAUUUGACCUUUGUAGAAAUGAAAAUUGUGGGGGAAAAUCUGUAAAUAGAUAAUCCAUGUGAUUUCUCUGUAUAAAUGAAUUAUAAUUAAAAACCCACACACACA